CGCGCCUCACAGUUAGUGUGUCACUGGAGCCCGCGCGAGAGGUGGCCUGCAAGGACUGAGCAGCGCCGCCAACCUUUUUUUCUGUGCGUGUGCGAUGUUUUCACUUUCGUCAUUUUGACCGCGCCAGUUUAUUUUGACGUCGCUCGCGCACGGACGUGCCUAGGAUCGGACGUUGUGUUAUCCUGUGAUCGCUGGUGCUGCGGAUUGUUUGUUUUCUAAUUUUUAUGUGAGAAAGAUGGCUGUGAUAUAGUGCUAAUAUGUUCGAUAGUAACCUUUUUUUGAAUUUCUACAAUGAGCUUGCGAGUAGAAGUGCACUACAGUUGGCAAGUGCUGGAAUGAUGGGCGAGGGCUUGCUGACUCUGACGUACGGCAAGCAUCACGCCUGCAUCCUGAAUGAGGUGGGCGCGGCGUGGCGUGGCGCCCGUUACUCCGACCUCGUCCUGGUUUGCGACGACGCCGUGCCCCUUGCUGCCCACAGGAUCGUCAUGGCUGCCGCUAGCCCCCUCAUAAGGAAAAUACUCGAUGACACUCCAUCAGUCGAAAGUCCAGUCACAAUCCACAUGUCCGGAAUCAACAGCACCCUCAUGAGGCAUCUUCUCGUCUUCUUAUACAGCGGACAGGCGUACAUUGAGUCAGGAGAAAUUGAUGACAUGCAAGAACUAUUCGAAUUACUAGAAAUCAAAUCAGACGUUUGGAAAUCAACGAAAGAAAGACAGCAAGCAGAAGAAAGGAACAGAUCGUGUGAACGUCUAAAAGCCAAGAAUUUAAAAACAGACAUUAACAGCAACGAAAGCAGUAAACACGAUGCACCGUCAGGAUCCUCACAUUCAGAAAGCGACAGAGUUUCUCCCACUGCAGGCUACAGUAAAGACAAGGAAAGAGGAGACGAGUCGAUGAGUAUAAAGAAAGAAAGUAUGUCGACUAGCAGUAAUGAUGAACGGGAAGAUGAUGAACAGGAAGGAGACAAAGAAUGCGGAAGGCUGACUAGUCGGCGGAGGAGUUCUUCGAACCCUGUUAACUUGUCAAUGGCACGGAACUCGGAGAACUCUGGCGGAGAACACGAAGACUCUCAAGACGUAGACGUAGAAACAGUUGCGGCAAAGAACAUCAACAGAAAGCGAUCGACAUCAUCAAGUCAAGAAGAACAGCCACAAGAACAAGUGUACAGAAGACAGUUGCUAAGCGAUCGACUAGGACGAGGCAUCGAACGAGCUAAACGGAAAUCACACUACCUAGAGCCCCCCGAAAUGGAUUUACGAACAGUGAAAUUAGAAGAUUACGCGCAUCUCAAACCACCUGACAACGAUCUAAUGUCCCUUGUACAGACUUCCCCCGAAAACUACGUCGUAACGCCUCAUAGAAAAAGAAGACCCGGUUUUCACAAUUCGCCUUCACAAAAUCCUCCAUUUGUAUCUUUCCCCCCAAGUUAUUUGGAAGAUCUCCAUCUUCGAUACGCGCAAGGUCCAGGCGGUGUGGCGGGUGUAGCAGCGAGUCGACUCGGGGCCUUACAUCCACUCAGCGCGUCGGCGCCGCCUUACUUACCAGAGAGAAGUGUAACCCCUCCAGCAGCGGCGCACGAGGAUGCGCUUAAGUACCGACCUCCAAGCGCGGGCUCCUGGGGUACCUGGCUAUGUCAACCACAAAUAGGUGGCGACGACGCACCUUCAACAGAACAUGAACAAGGUUCAAGUAAACAGGCGCCCGUCCGUGAGUACCGAUGCGAAUACUGUGGCAAACAAUUCGGUAUGUCGUGGAAUCUCAAGACACAUCUUCGAGUGCAUACUGGCGAGAAACCGUUCGCAUGUCGAUUGUGUGUUGCUAUGUUCAAGCAAAAAGCACAUUUACUGAAACAUUUAUGCUCAGUGCAUCGUAAUGUGAUAUCGUCGAGCGAGAAUGAUGGAAGAACUAACACGCCCGGACGAUUUAACUGCUGCUUCUGUCAGCUGACGUUCGAAGCGCUGCCAGAGCUCAUCAGACAUCUGUCCGGACCACACAACAGCCUCUUACUCAGCAAGAACCUGCACGAAUGACGCCCGCCCUCUUGACGCGGGCCCGCGUAACUUUGGACUUUGAAAUUUCUUCUCUCGGUCCGAGAGCCCAAUUGUGAUAUGUGUUUAAGAAGGAUAUAUAUGUUAAGUGCUUAGUUGUUAGGGCAUGUGAUAUCGCAGAGCGAUACUCAUAGUUAGGCAUUCGCAGGUUUAAUGCGGGUGUAUUGCUGUCGACUAAUUUAAAAAUCACAUGUUUGCCGAAUGGGUCCAAAUUGUUAUAAUUUGUUUAAAAAUUAUAAUCCGGGACCAAUACCUUCCGAGAUAGUAUUUAUUUGAAAGAUGUAUUUCCUUAGGAUAAAUGUUAUAUAAAAGCCACCGACACAUUAAUUCCUUAAGCAUAGAAAAUAGACAUUUUGUCAACGAAAAGUUGCGAAGUUGGUACAGACCUGAAGCAAGAACGUCACUAGAACUACCUCCUAAUUUAAACCAGUAUCUUGAAACUCGUGGUGACGUCGCAAUGGGUUUUGGCAUUGACUUUAAGCUUACUCAAUAGUGUUCGGUCAAUGGUUCUAGUCAGAUUUGGAACAUAGCAUUAGGUGAAUCGUAAUCGUAACCAGAACGCUGUGCAAUCAAUUUGUUUUAUUAGAUAUUUGUAGCUGGAUUGUUGAGUUUCAUUCUUUACAUCAAGAAUCAUUAUAUUAUCCACAUUCAAACUUAAUCUUAGUAAUUACUUGGUUCCAAUACAUGCGUCUGACUUGGCAUUUCGCAGCUUUUCAAUGACAUUUACAAUCUCAAUAUUAGGUUUUAUCACUUUAUGUAACUUCUGAAGUAAAGAAACAAUGUGUUCGUAAUUAUUAUAUUUGUAAUUUUAUGCCUUCUUCCAUUAGUUCGUGCCGAUUGCAAUGUGGAUGAACACCAAAGAUUUGUGAAGCAUUAAAUAUGUUUGGUGUAAAAUUAAGAGAAAUUAAAGGGACCUGAAUUGAUUUUGAAUUGUUAAACUUAACGUAUGUAGGUACCAAUUUAAUAAUCUCAUCAUUCUAGUUACUAACUUCCAAUUUUCCAUUAACAAUUUCCGUAAUUCCACUACGAACUACUUUACGAAACUUGAAUAUCUUUAUUUUUGGAUUAAUUUUACUAUUUUAGUAUUAAUGCAAGGCUUAUCAGGCAUUAUUGUCGAAAUAUUUUUAUCAACUUAACGUUUUAGCUUGUUAAAAUCUUCGAAACGUAUUUUCGAAACUGCUUUUUUAUCGAACACAUUAUUGUGGCCAGUUUUUUUUACUAUUAUUAUAGUGAAUGCUGAAUGUUGGAUAUCUACUUUCUAAGGCUUAUGGUCAUUUUCUGAAAUGACUCACAGUUUUAUGCCAAAAUUUGUCACCAUUGGAAUGUACCGAUAUAUUAUUAGCAACUUGCAACUUCAAAAGUUUCUCUGUAAUACUCAUUUUGUACAAUACAAUUAUACAAUAAAUCUAUGUACCUCCGUGUACUUAUUUUUUACUAGCCAGCGUAAUGGAUCAGCUGGUACUUUUCCAUUAUAUUUGGCCUUACCAAUGCAAUUCUCACUUAAAAGUACUUCGAUACAACUAAAGUUACCAACAAGUUGUUCAAAACAUAGAUUAAAUGUUAAAAUUAAAAAAAUUGCUUUAAUGAUUCUUUCGAACGUUACCUAUCGUUAUACCUGAUUUUGUUUUGUGUUUCUUUUUUAAUCGUCGGAUUUUGACGUAAUUUUUAUAAUUGGGGAACAAUUUAUUAUUUAAGGAUUGUGAUUUCGUGGUAUCGUUAGAUUAUUCUAUGUGAUAAAUGUCUCUAACUCUAAGUAGGGCGAGAACGCUGUCUUCCAUUGCGUUUUCCAUGUUUCAACUUUACAUGUUAAAUAUUGGGAGGAAGCUUUAGCUUUUUCGACCGUAUAUUCAGUAGUAUUAUUAUAUAGAUUACAAUUAACGCCUACAGAUAGUACAAAAUUGUAUUAUUUAGAGAAACAAUUCCAAAUAUAAUCAAAUAUAACUUAUUUUCAGGCCCUCUUCCCAAUGUUUGACAGUUAUUUGUGUAAAUAUAUUAGAGAUAAGUCUACAAUGCAUGACAAAUCGUCCAUUGCGAACUCUGAAUACGUAAAAAGUAAAGAAAAUCGAACAAAAUGUUAUAUUUCUGUGAGAAGAUUGUUGUGAUAUGCCUAAAAAUGCAUGCCUUGGUUACAAUGCAAGAUUAUCUAUCUCAAGUGGACUUUGAAUUUUUCACGACAUCCUUUGAUAUAUGUAAUAAAGAAAAAGAAAAAAAUGUUAAAUGCCCCCGAAAUUGUUGGAAUUAAAAGACAGUAAAUAAACACAGUUAAAGAAACUUGAAAAUUUUAUUUAUUUCAAUAUUUUUAAGUCAUGAAAAAUUCAAAUUCCACAAAACUUGACACACUGAUUCGAAAUAUCGUAAAAAAACAUGACGUUAAGAAAAUUAAUGUAAAUAAUAAAGUAGGAUGUAAGUUAUAAUAAAGAUAAACAGCUUAACUUAAUCUUGUUGAACUUGAAUAUUGAUUUUUCUCUGUUAAUUGUAAAUUAAAAAGUAUUUGUAAGUUUUCACAUAGUGUACAAUUUUUUGUAGAUAUUGUUUAGAACAUUAACAUUCUGUAAAAAUGUGUUCUUACCGUAGUAAAUUAAAUAACGAGAAUAUUUUAGUUACACACACCAACA